AUGGCGUUUGGAUCCAAGUUCGACAAGAAGGAGAAGAAAGGCGACGACAGGCCCAAGACCGGGAAGCGUGUCACGGCGGUGAAGGAAUGGAAUCUAGCCACCAAGGCGCUGAUGCGUGCGUUUCCGGACGAGUCCGGGUGCAUGAUCAAGACUGGCGGAAAAAGUGUGAAGAAGGCACUCGCACCCCAGAAUCUUCGCGAGAAGCUGGACCCGGACUCCUCCGAGCUCAUCCGCAGGCCCGGCAUGGGCCUCAAUCUCGCGGCAGCUUCUAUGUCUGCGGGACUCGAGGUCCUCAACCUCGGCGAGGACAUGGCGCCGCAGCUGGGCCUGCAGACGCUGCUCGACUUCGUCGGCAAGCACGGCGACUUGGAGGAGCUCUUGAAGAAAGCGCAGAAGGACUACAAGCAUGACAAGUCCAACUUGGCCGAGGACAUCGGGAAACUGUUCCGCAUCUUGGCGGGCCCGGAGGACAACUCGGACGACUUCGGCAAGGCGCUGGCCAAACUGGCCGACGGCGCUUCGCGGCUGUUUGCCUUCGCGAUUGCGGCGUGCGAGGUCCGCGCCAUGAUCAACAAACAGAAAGCUUGGAGCAAGACGGUCCCGGACCUGGAGAAGCAGUCGCCCGGGGUCCGUCGCUGGGUGGCCGAGCCAUCCGACGAGAGUCUCUGCGAGGGACUGGCACAGUCCCUUAGAAGUCUUUUCUACUGGGGCGGCUCCAAGGAGAAGCGGCGCUUUGGCGCAGACGACGCCGAUUCGGACGGCAGCAGCGGCGGCAACAAGAAGCCGCCAUUUGGAGGCAACUUCCUGGAGAAGAUGAAGAGCGCACGGAAGAAGAUUUCCUCCUCAUCCUCGAAGACGUCAGGCAAAGCCAAGAAGAGACACGGCAAGUCCCGCAAGACCAGGAAGAGCGUUUCCAGCAGCAGCUCGAGGGCAGGUUUCGGCGUUUUGACGAAGAAGAAGCCGGAGGCAAGCGUCGCCCACACAGAGAAAGAGCAGGAGACCUACGGCAAGAUCAACUCCGCCCUGAAGGAGCACUUCCAAGAGGUCGACGAGGGACAGCUCCUGGUCGUGGAGGACGUCCAAUUCAAGAACUGCUGCUUGCCGCUGGCGGUGGCACGCAGCCUCGAAGGACUCGAGGGCACCAGAACGGCCGUGCACAAGCGCGCAGCGCUUUGGAUGGAGGCGCUCCCGGAGCACCUCAAAAACGCAGUCGCCAAGAACGAGGCGAAGCCGGGGCAGAUGUUGUUUGACGACUACCUCGCGAAAGUCGUGGAGGACGACGAGUCCAUGAUCGCGUGCCUCGUCAUCCCCGGGGAGAACAUCACCCGCGUGUGGGCUGGCGCGACAGCGACAUUGGCGACGAGCAGAAUGAUAAUCCUGAAGUACGCGCCUUGUCACUUCACCUCGCUGCUGCCGAAACAUGGUGACCCCCCCGCUGAGUUGCUGUUGAAAGGCUUGCCUCCCGUACAAGUUUUCUCAUUCAUUGGUAGCACAGAACUGAAGGAGAGCAUGUGCAACGCACAGAAAGGUUCCUGA